GUGAUAUUAGACGAAUGGUGGUCGUUUUAAUUUCUCACUGACACAGAAGUGAAAACUAAACAUGGAAACCAAUGAUGUUAAAACAUUUCAUCAGUGUGUUGUAUGUAAUGAGAUUUUUCAACGACAUGUUGAUUUAGAACAUCACAAUAAAAUACAUGUUAAAGAAGAGACAACUGAUGAUGUAGAUGAAUAUUGUCAUGUUCGUAUUAAAGAUGAGAAAAGCGAUGAAGUAGAUGAAUAUUGUCAUGUUAAAGAAGAGAAAACUGAUGAUAUAGAUGAAUAUUGUCAUGUUAAAGAAGAGAAAACUGAAGAUAUUGAAACCAUUCAUCAGUGUAAUUUGUGUGAUGAAGAAUUUAAAUCGGAUACUGAUUUAGAGAAACAUUGUAAAAUACAUGUUGAAGAAGAGGUGAAAGCCUGUGAUGGAAAUGUACGCCUACAAUCAGCUGACUGUCAGGGUAUUGAUGUAGGCCUACGUUCAGCUAAUGGUCAGGGUAUUGAUGUAGGCCUACUAUCAGCUGACAGUCAAGGUAGUGAUGUAGGCCUACAAUCUGCUGACAGUCAGGGUAGUGAUGUAGGCCUACAAUCAGCUGACAGUCAUGCAGGUGAAAACCAUUAUAAAUGUGAUGUGUGUAAUAAAUUGUUCACCCAGAAUGGUAAUCUGCAGAGACACAUGAGAAUUCAUACAGGAGCAAAACCUUUUACAUGUAAUGUUUGUAGUAAAUCAUUUACUAACCGUAGUGAUCUACAAAAACACAUGAGAAUUCAUACCGGUGAAAAACCUUAUAGAUGUGAUGUUUGUAGUAAAUCAUUUAGACAGAAUGGGAAUCUGCAGGCACACAAGAGAACACAUACUACAGAAAAACCUUAUAAAUGUGAUAUUUGUGAAAAGUUGUUUGGUUAUAGCCAAUCUUUAAAGCAACACCUUAAAACACAUACUGGGAAAAAACCUUAUAAAUGUGAUGUUUGUGGUAAAUCGUUUUCUAAACUUGCUUAUCUGGACCGACACACAAUGACCCAUACCGGACAAAAAUCUCACAAAUGUGAUGUUUGUGGUAAAUCAUUUGCCGAAAAACGUACCCUACAAAAUCACAUCAGAAUUCAUACUGGUGAAAAACCUUACCAGUGUGGUGUUUGUAGUAAAUCAUUUACUAUUAAUUGUACCCUGCAGAAACACAUGAGAAUUCAUGUGGGAGAAAAAUCUUAUAAAUGCGAUGUUUGUGAUAAAUCAUUUAAUUACAAGCAUUACUUACAGCAACACAGCGCAAUUCAUACCGGCAAGAAACCUUAUAAAUGUGAUGUUUGUAGUAAAUCAUUUUCUAGAAUUGCUGAUCUACAAAGACAUACCAGAACUCAUACCGGCGAGAAACCUUAUAAAUGUGAUGUUUGUGAUAAAUCAUUUACCCAAAGUGGUAGUUUACCGAAACACAUGAGAACUCAUUUCAGAGAAUCAUUAUAAAUGUGAUAUUUGUAGUAAAUUAUUUUCUCACUUCCUAUCAUGUCCGGUUAGUUCAUGUGUAAUGUGGACUAUAAGAUCCUUUUUUUUUUCAUUUUGAUUGAAGACUGUACCAGGGAUCUGAAUGGGCUGUUUUUUUGUUGGCUUUAGCCGCUUGAAGUUCAAUCAAGGCGAUUGGUAAAACAUGGAACCGGACACUAUGGUAUCAUAAAUCAAUCUACUUUGGCUAAAUAUAAAAAUAUUUCCAAACGGUGUACCUGUUUGUCGUUAUUGUUUGUAGUAAUUACAUGUAGUAGAAUACAAAUUUUCUCAUAACAAAUUACCAAGAAUUAUUUUUGUUCAGGUCUGGUUAUGAUAAAGGGAAUGGAAGCUUAAAAUUUUAAAACCCAGUUCCUAUCAGAACCACAUUUGUCCCAAUUCUGGCCGGUUCGUUUCAAAAUGGAUUAAAAAUCCUGGACUGUACCAUUACAGGCCCGAGACUGUACAGCGCAGUGGACGGUUACGACUGGUCCCCGUAUCCAUUCACUGGAUUUGAUAUUUGUUUAUUUUGUGCAAUGUCUAUAUUCUGUCUUGUCUGCAGGUUUAUCUUGUAGAUUUUGUUUUGUGUGUAGUGCGGUCCUCCUGAACUUACAGUAUAUUUAUAAUCUGAUACAUAUCAUUAUUAUUCAUUAGUUCUAUCACUACCUUAUAGGUAUAAUCUUAUACACAUCAUGAAUAUUCAUUAGUUCUAUCAGUACCUUAUAUGUAUAAUCUUAUACACAUCAUUAAUAUUCAUUAGUUCCAUCACUACCUUAUAUGUAUAAUCUUAUACACAUCAUUAAUAUUCAUGAGUUCCAUCAUCACUGCCUUAUAUGUAUAAUCUGAUAAACAUCAUUAAUAUUCAUUAGUUCCAUCACUACCUUAUAUGUAUAAUCUGAUACACAUCAUUAAUAUUCAUUAGUUCUAUCAGUACCUUAUAUGUAUAGUUCCAUGGAUUGUAUGUAUAAAAGUGUUACUAUAAGAGCCUAUAUAAUAA